AUGCUAAAUGUGAGUGCAUUGGAGAGUACUAUAGGUGGUGGUAUACCAUACCUGAGCAAUGGUCACAACUCUUACUAUUCAAACAAAUUUCAACGCGCUUUUGAAAGCAUCGGAAGUUCGCUCAGCAAUCAGGGAUCCAAAGAGUUAGACAUCAAAGAUCAGAUAUAUCCCAAAUCUGAACCAUCGAUCGAUGGCAAAGAAUAUGAAGCGCAGACUGACAGCAACUUUAAUGUAGAAGACAAUCAAAGACGUGUAAUACAAGUACAAGAAGGCAAUGAUUCCGACAGAUUUAGGCAACAGUUUUGGAGUGAAAUGUUUAAAAAGCAUGACAUUCAACGACAACAGAAAAUUCAAUUACAAUCGGAUUUACAAUCAAAACUGUUUGAUAAAAAUAAUGAAAAUAUUCAACAAAACUCUGGACAACAUAUUGUUCAAAAUGAAGAGCAAAUUAAGACCAAUCCAAUUGAAAUACCUGUUGUAACCACUCCGACAGCUCUUUUUGUUAUCAAUGCACCAAAUUAUGAUAAUAAAGAUAAUGUUUGGAACAUUAAUAAUCAUAAACAAGAACAACAUCACCAACAAAGCCAACAACAAUAUGCAGAAAUUGAUAAUAAAAGUAGACAAGAGUUGAAUAAAGAUUAUCAAAAAAGUCGUAUAUAUCCGCAGUCACCGGUUUUAGCCAAACCUAAAAUACAGACCAUUGAAGCCAAAUGUUCAAAGGAUACAAUUCACGUCAGAAUAACAUAUGACCGACCAUUUGAUGGUUUAAUUUAUACUAAAGACCAUUACAAUGAUAAGAUGUGUCAUUUUGUUAAACCACGAUCGGGACAAAUGAAGUUUGAAUUUGCAUUAGAGCUCAACCAUUGCGGAACAACACUUCAAGAUUCACCAAAAGGAGAAACAAUUUUAGAAAAUACAAUAAUCUUUCAAAACGAGCCCGUCUUUCAAGAAAUAUGGGAUUCGGUCAGACAUUUGAGAUGUGCCUGGAGUGGUGUCUUCGACAAAACGGUUCAGACAUCAAUCAAUGUCGAAGUUCAUGACAUGCAAACUAUUACAUAUAGAGGCGAUUCAGUUGAAAGUGUUAUGGAUGUCCAAUAUGGUCACGGACUUCAUGCAGAACCAGUUCAAGGGUUUGUCAGAAUUGGUGAUGAUUUAACACUUUUAGUCUCAUUGAUCGGAUCUGAUGCCAACAAUUUUGACAUUCGUGUCAAAGAUUGUAUUGCACACAACGGAGACGUCAAAAAUUCAGUUCAAUUAACAGAUGAAAAUGGAUGUGUUGUUAAAAAGAAAUUAUUGGGUAAUUUCCAGAAGGAGAGGAAUGCUGAUGAAUCAACUGUCACUGCAUUCUCUUAUAUGCAGGCCUUCAGGUUUCCAGAAAAGACUGAAGUGUACUUUGAAUGCAAUAUUGAAAUUUGUAAAUAUGAGUGUCAAAACUCAUGUCCUGAAUUGGGUGAUGUCCUCAUUAGAAGCCAAAGUCAACAAAUUGAUGAAUCAGUUAAAUCUCGGGCCAAGAGAUCUAUUAACGGAAAACAUAAGAAUGAGACUCAAGUGGAACCGAUUCGACUUCUUCGUGGAAUUCGUGUAGUCGUUCCCAACGAUGUCGACUAUAUUGAUCCACAAAAUCUGAGCGCUGUUUCUAAAAAUGAAUAUCUAUUGCAAAGAGUGUCUAUGCAUAGCACCUACUUCCGAGCUAACUGGGCUUAA